AUGGCUUGGAGCUGCUGCGAGUAUCUCUUAUCACUCAAAGCGUACACAGUAUUUGCAACCCAUAUGGACAGUCUCGCAGAGUUAGCAACCAUCUACCCAAAUGUCAAGGUUCUUCACUUUUAUGUAGACAUCAGAGACAACCGCUUAGACUUCAAGUUUCAACUGAGAGAUGGAACCCUGCAUGUUCCCCACUACGGCCUUCUGUUAGCCGAAGUGGCUGGUCUGCCUAAUACAGUGAUUGAAACAGCGAGGACCAUAACCUUAAGGAUCACAGACGAGGAAGAGAAAAGAAUAGAGCGAAAUUGCGGGAAGCACCACGAAAUGCAUCGUAUCUACCGAGUGGUUCAAAAGUUGAUUUGCCUGAAAUAUUCUAGACAGGCAGAAGACAGUUUCACUGAAGAAAGACUAAAGAGAAAUCACUUCAAUCCAUUCUCCUCUACCAGAAGUACGAGCAAAUCUCCAUACUCUUUCAUGUAA